CACAAAGAGAAAGAACUUUAUAGAAAGAAGGAAAACGCAAAGCAACCCCUCCGGAAUCAAUCAGCAGAGGGUUAGAAGACCUCAAUCAAAUUCAGGAAAUUGACAAUUCUGGUGGCUAGAACCCCUCUCUUCACUUGUUAUAGCUUCCUUGGCUGACACAAAUACACAAAUAUUGAGAGAGAAAAGAACAGAGGAAAAAAGCAGGCAUGGGUCAAGCCUUUCGCAAGCUCUUCGAUACCUUCUUCGGCAACUCUGAGAUGAGGGUUGUGAUGCUUGGCCUGGAUGCAGCUGGUAAAACAACCAUACUGUACAAAUUGCACAUUGGAGAAGUUUUGUCCACUGUUCCCACAAUUGGUUUCAAUGUGGAGAAAGUUCAGUAUAAGAACGUGAUGUUCACAGUGUGGGAUGUAGGUGGACAAGAGAAACUCAGGCCACUCUGGAGGCAUUACUUUAAUAAUACUGAUGGACUGAUCUAUGUUGUUGAUUCCUUGGAUCGAGAGAGGAUUGGAAAAGCAAAGGCAGAGUUUCAGGCCAUCAUUCGAGAUCCAUUUAUGCUGAACAGCGUCAUCUUGAUUUUUGCAAACAAACAGGACAUGAAAGGUGCAAUGACGCCAAUGGAAGUAUGUGAAGGAUUAGGUCUCUAUGAUCUCAAGAACCGAAAAUGGCAUAUACAAGGAACUUGCGCUCUGAAGGGAGAUGGCCUUUAUGAGGGCUUGGACUGGUUAGCCGGAACUCUCAAGGAAUUAAGAGCCGCUGGAUACUCCUCAGUGGGCACUUCAUCCUUCUAACCAACCAGGACUUUCGAGGCUCUAAGUUGGCUGAUGGAUGAAGCUGCAGAAUUGGGCACUUAGACAUCAAAGUCAUGAAUAUUAAUUGAUUAUUUUCAGGUUCUGUUUAAAAGCUGAUGAAGUCUACUUACUCCUGGCCAAUACUUGGCACUUACCUCUGUGAUUUUCUUCAAUGUAUAUUUAGAUACAGGCCUUGCCUCUCUGGGGUUUAACCGGACAACAACAGGGAGCUCUCUAUGAUUUUGGUUUCCCCUAGAAUAAUACUCUUUACAUAUAUAUCAUAUGAAGGUCCUCGAGUGGUUAGUUUGGACUCUCUCCCUCUCACACACACAUCUGGACCAGUCUCUUGCUGAUAUUUGCCCAUUGAAA